CACUCUUCAAACCAUCGCCCCGUUUUGAAAACGCCUCCCGCUUCCGCUCCUCCCCUCUCAACUCCCCCUCCUCAUCGCUCCGGCGAACGGUCGCGUCCUUUCCCUUCCCUCUUCCCUCCUCGAUUUGCCUCCAUACUUUCAUCAGAUCCGUGAACUAUCUCUUUUCUCGUGGCGCCGGCCGACAUGAGCACCGCCACCACUACGCCGACCGGCGGGCGCGAGCUCUCCCAGCCUCCCUCCGAUGGCAUCUCUAAUCUGCGCUUCUCCAACCACAGCGACCUCCUACUCGUGUCUUCGUGGGAUAAGACUCUUCGUCUUUACGAUGUCGGUGAGAACGUUCUUAAGGCGGAGUUCUUGCAUGCUGGUCCCGUCCUUGAUUGCUGCUUUCAUGAUGAUUCAUCGGGGUUCAGUGCCAGUGCUGAUCAUACCGUGAGAAGGUAUGCCUUUGGUUCUGGUAAGGAGGAUUUUUUAGGACGUCAUGAUGCUCCUGUUCGAUGUGUGGAAUACUCUUAUGCAGCAGGUCAGGUUAUUACUGGAAGUUGGGAUAAGACAUUGAAAUGCUGGGAUCCCAGAGGUGCUAACAGCUCAGAUCGUGCACUUGUUGGAACAUAUCUGCAACCUGAGAGAGUUUAUUCCCUCUCUCUUGUUGGUUACCGUUUAGUAGUUGCUACUGCUGGAAGGCAUGUGAAUGUGUAUGAUUUGCGGAAUAUGUCCCAACCAGAACAACGAAGGGAAUCAUCAUUGAAAUAUCAAACCAGAUCUGUUCGUUGUUAUCCAAAUGGCACAGGCUUUGCUCUCAGUUCUAUUGAAGGUCGAGUAGCAAUGGAGUUCUUCGAUCUGUCUGAAGCUGCACAAGCUAAGAAGUAUGCAUUCAAGUGUCAUCGGAAAUCUGAAGCCGGAAGGGAUAUUGUUUAUCCUGUUAAUGCAAUGGCAUUCCAUCCGAUAUAUGGCACGUUUGCUACUGGUGGGUGUGACGGUUAUGUUAAUGUGUGGGAUGGCAAUAAUAAGAAAAGACUUUAUCAGUAUUCAAAAUACCCAACUAGCAUUGCUGCAUUAUCCUUCAGCAGAGACGGCCUGCUGCUUGCUGUAGCCUCAAGCUAUACAUAUGAGGAAGGCGAGAUCCUACAUGAGCCUGAUGCCAUCUUUGUUCGAAACAUAAACGAAGUUGAAGUCAAGCCAAAACCCAAGGCUUUGCCCGUUCCACCUCCUUAGUCUGGAUACCUCAAAUUUGGCACUGGCAGUGGCUGCUUAUUACAAACCAUUUGUUCUAUGCAUUUUUAAGCGAUGAAAAUCUAAUAUCAGGGAUUCUCCCUCCAAUUGUAGUCCUGCAAUUAAGAAUUAUCUAGUAAAAUGAUCAAAGUCGUACUAUUUGAUUUUUCAUUCUUUUUAUUAUUGUUAUUAUUAGUAUAUUUGUUCGACCUCCUCGUGAAA